CCUCCGGGCUGCGCCGCUCUCAAGCGCCCUGGGCUGCUUCGUUGGUCUGAGCCCUAGGCCGGCUCCACGGGGACCUCGGCGCACGCAUGGACCUGCCCGCGCCCGGCGGGAAGCGGCCAGGCUGGCGGUGGCUCGGGCGGCGGAGCAGGGCCGAGGCAGCGGGCCCCUGAGCGCGCGCCCUGCAGGCCGGGCCGCAGCACCAUGAUGCCCGGCGAGACGCACCCGGCGGCGCCCGGGCCAGCCGACCUCGCGCGGUGUCAGGGCUGCGCCUCCCUGCAGCAGAACUUAAAUGAGUAUGUUGAAGCAUUAAUUGCCUUGAAACAAAAAAUCAUUAAUACAGAUAACCUGCUGACAGAAUAUCAGAAGAAAUGCGAUGAGCUGCAGUUUGCAAGAAGAGAGAACAGCACACUGCAUCACCAAGUGGAGCAGAUGCUCCAGAAAAUCUCCCCUCUGCAGAAGUGUCAAGAAGAAUUGGGAUCCCUGAAAGCUGAACUGGAGGAGAAAAAGAGUUCUCUGAAGCUGUACCAGGACACUCACCAGGAGUAUGCUCGUGUGAGAGAAGAGUGCCUGAGGACCGACGCCCAGAAGAAGAAGCUGGAAGCUAAGGUGAAGAAGCUGGAAGAGGCUGCUGUCAAGCAAACUCAGGACUUCAAGCAACUGAGAAAUGAAAAGAAAAUACUUGAAAAGGAGUUUAAGAAGACACAGGAAAGGCUUGAUGAAUUUGCCAAACAGAAAAAUGAGAAGGAGUUGAGACACAUCGGAACACAAAUCUCCAGCGACUCGCAAGGAAGCAUAGAUAAGAGGAAGGUGAAAGUGCUCCUGAAAGAGCUGUGGCUCUGCGUGAACACUGCGCACAGACUCUCCGGGGAGGGCGGCGGACGACGGGUCCCAGAAAAACCUGCCAAAGGAAACAGUGCAGCCAGAGCCUCUGAGCAAGAUGAGCCGCUCCCAGUGCAGGGCAGCCCCGCCAGGGCCGCAGACAUGCGCUCGCUCUUCUCCAAGCUGUCCAUGGAGAUGGAGGGUGACUUUUCUUCCUCGGAGAGUGCUGAAGAAGAGCUUCCCAGUGGGGCAAGCCCCAGUACUGAGCAUGCUUUUUGUGAGGAGAGGCAUCCUGAAGUCUCAGGACAGAGGCCUGAUGAUGGCAACAGGACCGACGUCUAUGACCACGAACACUUUUUUGAUGAUGAUCUUCAAGCCGCAAUCGACUUCUUCAAGCUUCCCCCUCCUCUUCUGUCUCCAGUGCCCUCACCCCCUCCGGUGGCCUCGGGCUCUUUUCCUUCUUCCCUGGCGCCUGAAUCCUUCUUUGGAGAGUUCACGGAUUCCAGCGAUAGUGACUCCGUCCCACCGAGAGACUCUAUGGAAUCAGCUUUGGAAGAUUACACAGCGGAGUCACGGAGUUAUUUUGACUUGCUUGAAAAAAUUAAAAGGAGUGACACCUACAUGAAAAAGCCUGGGUCACUGGAAGCUGCCCAGGCUGUAAACAAUCUGACACCUCUUGGAUUUGUUACUGGAAGAACAGCACUGGGAGAACCUUCAGCCAUAUCUUCUCUAGCUCGGGGAAGGCACUGGACUGCAUCAUCUGAAUCUGUGAGGGACAGAGGAGACUCUGUAGAAGAGGCAGAAAGAAUGGUGGAGGCCAAGGAGGUGGAUAAGUCUGUGCAGGUUGGGAAAGGGCUGCUGAAGCCUGACAGAAGACGGUGGCUAGAGAUGGCAUCCAGAGGCCCAGCACGAAAGAAGGAAGCUGGAGCCGGGGAGCCAGAGGUUUGUUUUUCUCCCCUUGGCAAGAGGACCUUCAGUCAGCUCAUGGAAUCUGAAGGAAAAGCCCUGUCAUCAAAAGCUUUGUGCCCAUCCCAGUCAGAAGUUUCUAAACGGACACUCACUGACGGAUUUGCUUCCAAAUCACACUGUGUGACUGGUCCUGGCCGCUUUCAGAGAAGGGAAAGAGAUGUGCAGGAGUCCACUCCCCAGUCAGGCAUAUGUGCACCUGCAGCAGGUCAUGACCAUUCGGCUAGUCUUCCCUCUUCUUCCUCUGCUACCUCGGUGCCAGUGUCUGUCUGCAGUAACCACCAGACUUCAUGGCUAGGGUGUGUCAGUGUAGGCACUCCAGCAGAAGUAACCUGCACAGAACAAAAGUCACCAACUAGAACUUUAAACACAUUUCUUCUGCGGUCUGAGCCAACAGCAUGUUUUCCAAAAGAAAAUGACCCAGAAAAUAGUUUGUCUACUUUGAGUCCAAAGUCAAAAUUAGGAACAUCUACCUUUAGUGACUGGAAAAGCAGGGGCCUGGAAUCUUUCAGCACUUUAAAAAGCACAGCAAAGGGACACUCGCUUACCCAGUCAGUAUUUCAGAAGCCAACAGGAGGUGGACAGUGUAAAGGCCAAGGGCCAGGCGCUACACUCAUACUGCCUAAGUCAGACUGGACCUCACUGGCACGUUCGCAGGCUGGCUUCACCAGAAGGAGCCCUGGCUCUGCUAACAGUACCUCAUGGCACCGCAGUGAUGUCCUAAGGCGAGGUAGUGGGGGCAGCCCCAGAGCUUCCUCAGAGUACCAGCAAAGGGCCAGGCUUCACCUAGAGAAGGCUGCACCGGUCUCACAGAACAGCAGGCUAACAGCUGUGCUUGGACCUCCUGGAGAAAGUACCAUCCCUCCAGAACUUAAUGCAGCUGCUGCUUUGCUGCCAAACCAAGUGUCAGUCAUAACAAAGCAGGCAAGACCGAGGAGGGUGCUGGGUAGCAGCCUGGAACCCUGGCGGCCACAUGGGAACACACUGAGCCCCGCUGUAAAUGGUGGCAAGGAAACAGGUCUUAUGCCAUCAGUAUCAGCCUGUGUUGGAGAUGGAGACCCCAUAGCACAGGUCCCAGAGCAGGUAGCUGAUAAAGAAAUCCCUUCUCCAGACGAGUCUGUGUCUUGGCGAAAACCCAUUUGUGAUUCUCCAAGCGGCUCCUUGCUUGCAGAGAACUUUAGUUGCUCCACAGACCGUAAGUUACCUUUCUCCUCUGAAGACAACAUCUUCCAGCGUGUUAUGAAUGAACACUUGCGAGAGAAGCCCAGGAAGUCCCCCCAAGCCACACAGUCAGGUGCCAGUAGGCUGGAGGCUGGGGAGCUGCUUCCAUCUGGGGUGACAUCAGGGGUCUUCCCUGCUGAACAGACGCCCCAUGGACCUCAUCAGCAGGCAGACAGUGAAGCCCCUGCAGUUGCCAGAGAGUCUCGUAGUGCGCCACAGAAUGCCAGUGCACCUCCCGUAGUGCCAAGCAAGGGUCCUCUCAGAGCUCGGGUGCCCACACGCCCUGUUUGCCCUUCAAACCUUAGCCGUGCAGAAGAGGAGACACAAGGGACCUCCCAGAGUAGUCUCCCUGGGGCUUCCUACUGCUACACAGGUAUCAGGGAGCGGGGAGAGGAAGACACCGAAGUAGAGGAUGAAGCUGUUAGCUGCAGUGAGGGAGAGCAUGAGGCUGAAGCUGUGAUGGGGCGCAGACAACAGGAGGCAGCAGGAGAUUCACAUAGACCUUUGGGAGACCCAGAGGCUGGGGUGGGGGAGGCAGGACACCCCUUGGAUGUAGGUGAUCUGACCUCCGCACUUCAAGAAUGUAACUUAAGCACCCUUCUCUACAUAGACAAGCUCUCUCCAUCAGAGGUGCUUAUGGUUCUUGAGAGUUGUCAGUUAAGAGAGUAUAGUUCGAGGGCCUCUGCUUCAGAAUGUUCUAGCAAAGGAAGCCUACAUGAAGAAAUGAACAAAGAGGUAAGGCAAAGUGAAAUCUCUAGAAAGAAGUGUGGGAAGAGGUUCUGUGAGGAAGAGCUACUAAGAGCCUCGGAAGAGUGGGCUGAGUCAGAGGGAGAUGACUGUUGUGGCAGGACAUCAUGCCAGCAUGCUCAGUGUCCACUGGAAGUGCCAUCUCACGUUCUCACCAAGACUGGGGAAGAACUCGAUAUAAACCCUGUGGACUGCAGUGGGAAGGAUACUGAGCAUGCAUUGCUCACAAAUGCACAUCCCAGCCAGGCAGCCGAAGCUCUUACAGAAGACGCUCUGCCUGAGGAGGCAUCCAGCCCCAUGCCCCACACUGCUGAACUGCCUGACCCAUCAGCUGUGGAUGGUGGGGGCAGCUCCCCACUCAGUAGCAGGUCUGACCCUGAGCACAUUCAGAGCGGCUAUGAGGAUGAGCCCAAUUCUGGGGACUGCCUCAGCAUUGGGGAAGAAGGCCUAGCAGAACCUGAGGAGCUGUUGACCCUGAGUUCUGACUCUCCAACCCCACCAAGGUUAGAGCAGAGUUCUGAUUGUGUGGCCGAGACGGCGUUUCGGUACCAGAUCUCUGCGGUGACCUCCGAGGUUAUAAGUGUACUUAUAAAUAAGGAUCAAGACCUUGUGAUUGAAAAGGGAGACAACUGGACUAUCAUCAGUGGUGUGGCCAUCUCCCCUGGCAUGGAACAAGUAGUUCUGUGUGACACUCUUGGGGAUGCUGCUCCCUCCCAGGAUCAGGGAGGCCUGGAUGACAGCUCUGUGGAGAAGUCCCCUGAAGCCAGUCCUUCUGGCCCUCUACCUCAAGAGCCUCCAUGUGGUGAUCUCUCUGGUGCCCAGGAGGAUAUUUCCAGCAACGGUCAGAGUGCCAACUUUGAUAAGAGUCGUCUUCGGGACAGACCUGUAAAACCGAGCAUCUGGAUCCGGUCUCAGAUAUACGACCAGACACUUGAGACCGAGAAAGUUGCAUCUGAUCACACAUAUUAUAACUGGAAAUUAGAGCCACUUGGUAAAAAUAAGCCUCGAUCAAAGAUUUCCAACAAAGAUCAAGCAAGCAAGCUAGCCAAGACACCAGUACUCAACAGAGGGGAAGAGCGUUUGAACGAAGUCCCUCAGCCAGCACCAGGGGAGAGGACAAAUAGAAAAACACCAGGAAGCCAAGCUCAGUCCACCCUGGCAGGUACAGAUAUGUCCACCCCCACCAACUGUUCCCCUGACACUCUGAGCAAGAUCCGGCAAGAAGUGGGGCCACCAUUGCCUCCCUUGCUCCCCCCACUAAUAGCCACACCUCCAAGGUCAUCACAGACACUGUCUCCUCUGGUACCAAGUUCUGGUCCAUCCUCAAGGUCCUCACCUGCUGGCCAUGUUUCCCCACUCUGCGAAGUUCCAGGGCCUCCUGUGUUGUCUCCAUGGCCUGAGGAACUCCAGCAGGCCUCCCCGCUGGAUCCCUCUCCGUCCCCAUCCACAGCAACAGCUAGUGGAAGGAUAGUGUCCUCUCCGUUGCAGUUCUGUGCUGCUACACCAAAGCAUGCACUUCCUGUGCCUGGCCGACUCCCAUCCUGCGCACCAGGCCAUGCUGCUGUGAGCGGGCCACAGCAGGAGAAUUCUGUCAAAAUCCUUGACACCAUGUACCCAGAGUUAUCUGCCAGAGCCCGGACCCUCAGCCUCCUCAAAGGGCACAUGCAGCUCUCCCGAGGCUCCACUGUGGAUGGAAAGGUGUUACCAGGGCGUGUCAGCGCUCUCCUAGGACUCAAAGCUAUAACCUCAACAUCAACUGCAUUUGUCCUAACCGGGGGCAGCUCUGGUGGCGACAGUAGCCAAGGUAAGUCACAAGACUUGGGUGUUCAGCAGGAUGCAGGUGGGAAAAGAACACUAGCAGUAUCUAUGCUCAGGAGUGCUAAAAGACUGCGCCUGGACGACGAGUCCCCAGAACCAGACACCAGGGAGGUCACUGGGGAAGGAGUCCCCGAGGACCCCCAAGGAGGAAGCCCACUGGCUGAAGUUGUGCCAGCUGAGGAAGAGCAAGCUGAUGUCCCGGUCUGCAGUGCAGCUUCACUUCUGCGUGUCAACCCAAGGGAGAUGGCAGAGUCGUAUAACAUAGCCAUAACUCGGGCUCUGAGGAAGAUUGCCGAGUCCUCCUUUGACCUGCUACCUGUCAUUCGUAGUCAUGUGUAUGUGGGAAAUAUCUCCAAAAAGCCUGUCAUGAGAGAUCAAGAGAAAGAAGUUGUUUAUGAAUUUAGCACAACAAACAAGCAUUUAGGAGAAUACUUACUUCGCUCUAUUCUCUCAGAGCUAAAGAUUCAGAAGACAUCUCUGGACCACAGUUACAUCCAUGCACUGUGCAGAGUGUAUGUGGGCAUUUGUCGGCAACUUGGAGACUUGGAAAGAGCUCGCUUGUUCUGUUACAGCCUUCUGAAGGAAGAUUUUCCAGAAUCUGAGAAGUUGACUCUGUUCAUUGCCAACAUGUGGCGUGAAGUAUUUCUCUCCCAGUCAGCCAUUAGUGAAGCGAUGCAGCUGGUUGCCAGGCAGCGUGCCAGAGGAGAAGUUCUGAACUGCUUGAGAGCUUUCCUGAGCUGGGAAAAGAAUGCGCCUAUAGAUGUUGGAAUCCUAGUUUCUAAGCUGCUUUUGACCAUACAGCUGUGCCCUAAAACAGAAUUUCAGUCAAGUGAUGAGUUUGGUGAAGAUCUAAGUGCAAACAUAUGGGAAUACAUAUUUGCCAUUGAUCUCCUCUGCUGCCACCAGAGGUGGAUCUGGACGCAUGACAACAUCAUAAGUAAGGAGCUGUGGCCUCUGAUGGAUAAGUGGGUCAAAUACAGGAAAGGACAUUCGAACAUCGCGUACACCCCUGAUGUCAUUGUCGCAUCUGUGCUGAGACUGAUUGGUCGAUUAGGCCAGUUGGGUUUGAAGGAGGGGUUUCCAACUGCUGUGAAGAAUAUCAGCUCGGUUAUUGGUAUGUUCAUACAGCACGCUCAGGAUGAAGAUAUCCCAUGGGGUGUACAGCUUGCAGCUGUGUAUGCCCUUUGUGACUUGAGUCCUAGCAAUCCAGCAGAGAUAUCCAAGAUUCUAGAAGCUUGGCGAACACAAACUUCCAACGCUAUUCCAUCCGCCAUUGUCAGCUGUCUGGAAGAGGUGGGCUCUCUGAGUGCUGAUGGCUCAGCUGGCCAUACUAGCAAAGGAGACUGUGCACCCUGA